CUGGGACAGAGGAAGCAUAAAGAGACGGGGAGGGAGGGAAUGAGAUUUCUUGCUACCCAAUCCCCCUUUUCCCCUGGGAGAGCAAGCCUUGCAUGGUCCGUCCCUCCCUCUUGUUUGGUAAUCAUUUCAUUUUACUCCUUUUUGAAGCAGUCGCUUGUUUUAUCCCACUUUUCAUUUCACAAUCCCGUGCGCGUAUGUUCGCCUUCUUCUGAUCAACUUCGGCAUCUCCCCUCUCUUUACUCAAAACGAAAAGGUAUCCUAGAUCCCGGCUGAUUCUUCUCCUUCGAGAUGCUUAACUGUUCUAGCGCUCACCCUCUCUCCACCCUCUUUUAACUUGAGACCGGUUAAGCUUGAGCGAACUGAACUGGGGUUGGAAUUAAAAAUAAAGCGUAAAAACCCAAAGGGAUACGACGCUCGUCUUUGGAUAAGGACCGCUAUCGCUUUCCCCCUUGUUGCACUUUGGGGAAGAUUCUUCCCUUUUCAGUUGCUCGUCGUUAAUCCAGGUGGCCUUGUGAUUUGGUUAAGAGAGAGUUCCCAGAAGGUUACUUUCAUGUUCUCCAUCCAGGACAGCCUCCCGCGGGGAGCCUUGACCAUGAAAGAGGAACCGCUCACGAGUGGCAUGACACCGGUCCGCUCUUGGAUGCAGAGCGCGGGGAUAUUGGACGCGAACACAGCAGCACAAAGCGGUGUAGGUCUGGCCCGGGCUCACUAUGAAAAACAGCCUCCCUCGAACCUACGCAAAUCCAACUUCUUCCACUUUGUGUUGGCGCUGUACGACCGACAGGGCCAGCCCGUGGAGAUCGAGAGAACCUCUUACAUAGACUUUGUGGAGAAAGACAAAGAGUACAACGGAGAGAAGACCAACAAUGGCAUCCAUUACAGGCUACAGCUUCUUUACAGUAACGGCAUCAGGACAGAACAAGAUCUGUUUGUACGGCUAAUAGACUCCAUGACCAAACAGGCGAUCCUCUACGAGGGCCAGGACAAAAACCCAGAGAUGUGCCGUGUCCUUCUCACCCACGAGAUCAUGUGCAGUCGUUGUUGUGACAAGAAGAGCUGUGGAAACCGCAACGAGACGCCCUCCGACCCAGUCAUCAUUGACAGAUUCUUCCUGAAGUUCUUCCUCAAGUGCAAUCAGAAUUGUUUGAAAAAUGCAGGGAACCCACGAGACAUGAGAAGGUUUCAGGUGGUGGUCUCCACUACGGUGAACGUGGAUGGCCAUGUCCUUGCUGUCUCUGACAACAUGUUUGUCCACAACAACUCCAAACAUGGCAGGAGGGCCCGACGCCUGGACCCCUCUGAAGCAGCUACGCCCUGCAUCAAAGCCAUCAGCCCGAGUGAGGGGUGGACGACCGGAGGAGCCACUGUCAUCAUCAUCGGAGACAACUUCUUUGACGGACUGCAGGUGGUCUUCGGCACUAUGCUGGUCUGGAGUGAGCUAAUCACGCCCCACGCCAUCCGGGUCCAGACGCCCCCUCGCCACAUCCCAGGGGUCGUGGAGGUCACGCUCUCUUACAAAUCCAAGCAGUUCUGCAAAGGGGCGCCAGGACGCUUUGUCUACACCGCCUUGAAUGAGCCCACCAUCGACUAUGGCUUCCAGAGGCUACAGAAGGUCAUCCCUAGACACCCAGGAGAUCCCGAGAGGUUACCUAAGGAAGUGCUGUUAAAGCGAUCAGCAGACUUAGUAGAAGCCCUGUACGGAAUGCCCCACAAUAACCAGGAGAUCAUUCUGAAGCGGGCAGCUGACCUGACCGAGGCCCUGUACAGCGUCCCCCGCAGCCACAACCAGCUGCCUUCGCUCAGCGGCUCGGCCGCUCACUCCGGCAUGAUGGGAGUCAACUCCUUCAGCAGCCAGCUGGCCGUCAACAUCUCCGAGGCCUCGCAGGGGGACCAGGGUUACUCCCGUAACUCCAACAGCGUAUCGCCCCGUGGCUACGUCCCCAGCUCCACGCCCCAGCAGUCCAACUAUAACACCAUCACAUCCACCAUGAACGGCUACGGAGCGGGCAUGACCAACCUGGGGGUGCCAGGCUCACCCAGCUUCCUCAACGGCUCCGCUGCCAACUCCCCCUACGCAAGAUCUACCACCUCCCCCUCCUCCUCCUCCUACUCCUCCUCCUCCUCCAUCCCUCUGUUCUCCGGUGGACCCAUAGGCCCUUAUUCAUUCUCUCCUGUCCAUAUGAUCUCUGCAGUCAAACAGAAGAGCGCCUUCGCCCCUGUCGUGCGGCCACAGACCUCCCCGCCCCCCACCUGCACCACCACCAAUGGCAGCAGCCUACAGGGUUUUGCAGCAAAUCCAUAUGCAUAUCAUAAUUACCUCAACACACGGCUUUUCAUUUAAGAGGCCAUGGCAGGUCUAAUAGUCCCACCUAUGUGAAGAGGGCCUUCUGCCAGAUUGACCACAUCUCCACUAGCUCACAGAAUCUCUACAACAUCAGCUUAAAUCUCAUCAACCUCCAAAACAGGACCAUCAAGCCUCUUCUCUCCUGGAAACAGAACAGCACAACAAAGAAAAUCCAAGUAACCGGAAACCCGUAAAAUUACGCUAGAUUAUCUUUGUGUUGGUUCAGUAGUUGACUUCAUCGUCACUUUCUGUGUUUUGCAUUUUGGGACUUGUAAGCCAUUCCUUGCCCAACAGGUAGCAUUCCCACAUAGAUAUGUAUGAAGGGUUAACUAAUCUGAAAAUAUAGCAAUGUGAAUAAUAAACUGUGGUUUAUAAAGGCAGGUAGUUACUCCUUGUCGUGUAAGCAUUGUCCUGCGUCCUACAAUGUUAAUUUGCAUGUCUGAAAAACUAUUUUGACUGGAUCUUCUAAUGAACCUAGUUCAUUGUCAGUCAUAUAACCACUGUGAGCAGGUAGAGUCUUAAGGCCUACAGUUCAAAACUGUCAACUAUGGAAAAAGUGCAGAAGCCAUGAAUAUCCAACACUCUGUCAAUUGUCAGACUCAAAAUCGAUGGGAGUUUCAAUGAGAAUCCCCCACAAUGUCUAUAAAAAAUCCUCUUCAAAAAGACAACUGAUAUCUAAUGUCAUAGUCUUUUAGCGUUUUCAUUUGUGUACCAUAGCUUUUAAUAAUGUACGUUUAUCAUAUCUGAAGGAAAAUGCAGUAAUUUUCUAAUCUAACGAAAGGGUUGGCACACAUUCUGCCAAGGAGCAAAUAGCAAAUGUUGUACUAACAGCCCGAGGUUUUGAGGUUAAAGGGUUUUAGAUGUCUACCAUUUUUGAAACAUAGUACAAUAGAUAUAUUUCCGGGUGUGUUGAUUGGUAGAUUUUAACCAGAAAUGCUUGCAGCAGUUUUAAUCACAUUUAGGUACCAGAUUUCUUGUUAUUCUUCUGAUUGUGCUUAUUUUGUAUGUAUUUAUAAAGUAUGUUUUCGGAUUCCUUUUGUGAUUUAGGCCUGAAUGAUAGUCUUAAAUAUAUAUGUAAACACAUUUGAUGUCUUAAUACCUUUUAGAUAUUGUAAAAAGAGUGACACAAGGAGAGGAACAACCCUUUUGUAAAAACUAAAAAAGUCAAACAUGACAUGGUCACCCUGUCUUUUAAAGCAGGAUAUACGCCCCACCACUUUUGUAUAAAAAUGGUUUUCCGAUACUAUAUUUAACUUUUUUUGUAUACAGCAUUUGUGUUUUCGCCAGUUCUCCUUGUCCUUUGUGUAUUAUUGUGAAAUGUGUAUUAUCAUGGUUAUUUCUUAAUGCACUAUUUUAGUUGGGGCACUUACAAGAGCAAUGCAUCUUCUUAGCAAGCAAGAAAAAAAAUAUCAAAAAGGAAAAGGCUAGUACAAAUAUGCACCAAGAUGUUUUUUUUGUUUUUUUUAGCCAUUCUUCGAUUCACAUUUUUGUCAUUGUUUUCAUGUGAAUUUCUCUAUUUCAAAAACUCUUCCAUCGUAAUCCUCCAUACUCCUUACUUAAAAUUUUAGGUGUAUCCAUUUUUUGUUCCUUGGUUAGAAUUCAACUCCUUUCCCAUCUUAACUACGGACCCAAGCCUAUUCCUUGUUUUUUGGUGAUAAGGAAUGUAAUACACAUGCCUGAAUCAGCAGCGAAGUUGAAACUCAAGUACACCCUCCAAUAACUGCUGUAGAGGGACCACUCAAGUGUAGGGUUCACCGAUCUCAAGGAACCUUCCAUUGAUGUUAGUGUUGUUGGUGGUGUUAUUGUCGUUGCAUACAAUCUGUAUCAUGUACUUAUGCAAUUUGUAUUUCCUGUAAUGCAAGCUAUCGCUCCACAUUUCAGUGGAAUGGUUUUGAACCGUAAAAGAACACAAGACAUAAUUGAUGCCUUACGAUAGAACAUGCUCCAAUACAAUGCAUUUUCAUUAUUUUGAUACUCUAAUUGAAGUGUGGUCUUAGAAUUUAAAAAAAAUGGAGUUAUGCUGUUGCAGAUUUAUUUCUUCCUCAUUUUACCAGGUGAGUUGACUGAGAAUACGUUCUCAUUUACAGCAACGCCUUGGGGAAAGUUACAAAACACAGUAGAAAUACAUAGAUGUCUAAGAAUUAGUUACAACUGUCAUUCAUUUGAUGGUUUUGAAUAAUCAUUUGAGCUGCAGUGGAUGUAGUUUAAACUAGGAUAUGUUGGACGAUACAUCCUCCAAAUUUCCACAUAGCCUGUGUAACAUAAUGAUAGUGGACAAUAGGUCACAAAAAUCAAUGAUGCGCCUGAUUAAACCUUUGAUUUUAUGCAAAUUCUGUGCAGUGAUUGACAUAAAUCAGCUAUCAUCGGGUGGCAUCAACAUGUAGUCAUAAUGUGGGCUUGUGAAGAAAAAAAAACUGAAGGGAAAAUCUGUUGCACCACUUUGAGAGAGCCAUUUUUCAAUUACGAGAUUCAAGGCCAGCUCAUAGAAUGUCAUCUGAAUUCAAUAUUAUGGACUUCUAAACCCAUUUUCAAUGAAAACACAAGUUUUCUCUUCGAGUUAAAUCUUGGCUGACUUCUCACUAUCCUCCCCUUCACCCCCAUGUAUCCAUUCCAUCCCUAUACUGAGUUUUCAAAAUAUAGCUUGCAAAAUAUUUUUUUGUUUGUUAUAGUUGUAGAAAGCUUGCUUUUUGCUGCCCUGGUUUUCUGCAGAGGUUUUUUAAAUUGUGAAGUGUACUUUCUCAAUGUUUAAUUCAAUAAGAAAAGGGGAGAGGUACUGCAUCUUUGUCAAAUAUGAAAUGUACCAUCAAAGUAUACUCUAUCAAAGCACAAUGUUUAAUUAAUGUCUUUAAAAUACAAAAGGGGGGUAUCUCCCCCGCUUUUCCUUUUCUGUCUUUGACCAUGCUGUAAAUAGAUGCAUGUUUUUUUCUGUGAUCCAGUGCUUUUUGUACAGAAACAGACUAAUAAAGAAUACAUUUGGCUUGAAAA